CAAAUAUGUAUCAGAUGACAGCCCUGAGUUGCUCUAUGUACCUGAGAUUUACUAUAAUCAUACGCGCAUAGUACUUAUAAACAGAUUGAAUUUGGACCACUUGAUCAGCCAAUAAUAAUCGGAUUUGCCAUGGUCAUUGUUUGAAAGGUGACAUUUCAUUAAACGAUCUCACACGUUUGACAGAAGCUGGAACAGACAAAAGCGGACAAAUUCAGAGAUGGCAGUGUCGGUAACAGUCAUUUUAUUAAUGUUGGUAUAUUCCCUAUCGGCCUACCCAACCGGUGCCCCAGUUGCAAAAUGUGGGGACAUGACCCCAGGUCAUGGUACCAAAAACGACAUUACAAAUUCACCAUAUACAGUCACAGCAUCGAGGACAACCUUCAAAGCGGGUGACUCAAUGACAGUGACCGUCUCAGGAACAGGUGGGGCCACGUUCAAGGGCUUUUUCUUGCAGGCAAGAUUAAAUGGUACUAUCAUUGGGUCAUUCUCCAACUUGUCGCCAACGAAUAGCACGAAGACAAUAACGUGUGCAACUGCUAAUGAUGCAGCCACACACGCAGAUAGGACUAUCAAGAACACCAUAACUGCGACUUGGACAGCUCCACGUGGUUUACUCAGUACAACCGGGAAUAUGGUAUUUGUGAGCACUGUUGUAACAGACUUUGACACAGUUUGGAUCCAAGUGCCUUCGACUGCCCUAACGUAUGAAGCUGAUGGCACAGGAGGCGCUGGUAACAUUGCGGGAAUGGGGAGUAUUGUUCUAACGUUGCUGUCAGCUCUUCUGGUACAGCUGAUAAAUUAGAGGACGCUAAAUUAGAGGACACGCCAUAUAGGAGCUUUGACAAUUUUUACAUUUUUAAAAUGCCCAAACAAAACAUUAGUUUAUAUAAAGUAUUGGAAUCAUGAUAAAAUCAUUCACACGAAUUGCAAGCCGUACUUCAUAUUAUAGAUCAGGACAAUCCAGUCUAAUCCACUGAUCAUGUCGGGAGGCUAAAAGUAGUACAGUCUAAUCCGGUUUAGGUUGAGGAAAUUAAAUGCAUUGACUCGUAUGGUUUAUAUAUUAAGUCUAAUUUGCCCAUGGUUUAACUUUGGAAUAAAUACGAACUACACUGUAUAAGAGAAAUAAAGCAUUGUAUUUUGUAAAUUUUGUGUACAAGGGUACGACAAGUGUAUUCAAUUUAAUUUAAGGUGCCAUGGAAGUUAACAGGAAAUGACAAAACAGGAAGCAUGCUAUUUUUCAUGAAAAC